AUGCCAAGUGUCGAUUCAAAUUCGUCUUAUUCAUCAUCAGAUUCAUCUCUAUCAUCUCCCCGCGUCCUUUUAAACGAUAUACGACAACAAGCAAUACAACAGCAACAGCAACAGCAGCAACAGCAGCAGCAAGAGCAACAACAACAACAAAAUCAAAUGCGGAAUGUAACUAAUAAUAUAACGCAAUCACAUAUAUGUGUAACACGUUAUAAAACAGAAUUAUGUCGACCAUUUACAGAAACUGGAAAGUGUAAAUAUGGUGAUAAAUGUCAAUUUUCACAUGGAAUGAAAGAAUUAAGAAUUUUAAUGCGUCAUCCUAAAUAUAAAACUGAAUAUUGUCGAACAUUUCAUACAACUGGAUAUUGUCCAUAUGGUCCUCGAUGUCAUUUUAUUCAUGAUACGCAUGAAGCACGAGCAAAUACAAAUAUGAAUGAUACAACAAUGCGACGACAUUCCGAUAUACGAACGAAUCCAUUUGCACAAAAAUCAACGACUAGAAAUCGUAUUAACAGUGAUUAUGCAACAUUAUCUUCAUCUCAUAUAAUAAAUAAUAAUUCAAGUUCAUCAAAAGUUCCAUUCACAUUUGAAGAACUCAAUCGAGCUUUACUUUCUUGUGACACUGAUGAUAUAUUUCAACAAGCACAAGAAAAACAAGAUUUUUAUCCAUCUAUAUUAUCUACAAUGACAAAUUCAUUAACACAUCGUACUUUUUCAUCAUCAUCAUCAUCGAACAGCAGUUUAACUCCACAGUAUAUAUAA